AUGUUUUUUUGGAAGAUUAUUGACAUUAAAAAAAUAAUUUUUAAGGGAUUGAAACAUCCUGCUAUACUUGAUGACCAACAUCAAUUUCAUAAUGUGCCCCAUCAAUCUCUACAACAACAACAAAAUACAAAUGUUGAUUAUUUGGAUCUCAAUGUUCCCGUUGAUGAAAAUGUUUUUUAUUCUUCAAAUGGAGAACAAUCUAUUACAGCUUCGACAUCUCAUUAUUUGGAAAGAGGGGAGCAAAAUAUCAGCAAUAUUGGUGCACAAAUUAUUCAAUCAACUAACUCUUCUGUGAUUUAUAAUGAAACUAAUGGAAAUUCUGUUGGUUUCCAGACUAAUCAACAACCUCUCCCUCUUCUAACUAAUUUUGGAAGGGAUUAUGGAACUGCGAGAGCGCAGGCUUCCGUGUUGGCAGUUCCUCAGAUACGUCAAGAACCUAACGAUGGAAAGUCUACUUAUAUUGACUGCAUGCCUAGCACAUCACUUGCCACAUUAAAACCUUACACCCAAGAACAAUCACAGGUUUGCCAAUCACAAAUUCAGCAACUCCAACAUCCACCUCAACAGCAAUAUUAUUAUGAGCAAAGGAUAUUUCCAAAUGAACAACAACAUACUCAGCAUCUGCCACAAUCUUUUAAUGGUCAAAGCAAUUUCUACGGAAAUAUUCCUUCUCAAGAGAUUCAUCAUCAACAGUCAGCGCAAUUAGUCCAUUUAGAAUCAUCAUCUGUGAAUUCGGCUGGCACUUCUGCGGCUAUAUCUAAUCCAAUUAAUCAACAAAGCCAACAUUCACAACAACACUUUUACCCAUCCCAACAGCCACUUCAACAAAAUCAUCAAUUCAAUUCACCUUUAAUCUCUUUAAUUGACCAUCAACAACAACCCUCUUCCUUUCAAUUACCUCCUAACUAUCAACCUCCACCUGAGCAAAUAAUUGGCCAUCAACCUUUAAAUACUUCAAAUGCAGUUUUCUCUUCAAAUCAGCUAAAUCAACAAUGUAAUACUGUCGAGAGUGUGUCUGUGAAAACUGUCGCUAAAAAAUCUACUAAAACAAGGAGGAGGCCUUCGGUUUCAAAUCAAUCGACAAAUAAACUUAAUAAUGGUUAUGAGCAACAAACUGAAACUUCAAGUGGUCUGGACCAAGUAGCUAAAAGCCUUUUUAGCAAUCAGAAGACUGCAACAUUGGAGUUUGCAGAUCCACAAUUGGCAAUGGAAUUUGCUUCUCUUAUGGGUCGUUGCCAACAAUUAGAAGAGCAAAAGAAAAGUGGAAUAGACGUAACUUCUGAAUUGCAAAUUGUUAUGGACCGGAUUGCUGACUGUAUUGUGAGAAACACCACAACUUCCGCUAUCAAAGCGGCCCAACAAGAACAACAAUAUGCAUCCUCACUUUCUGGCCAAUUUGAGGCAGUUCCGUCCACAUCAACUACUCAGUUUCCUUCUAACAAUAAGCCUGCAAAAAGCCGUGCUCCAAGAAAGAAGCCUAACGUUACUAAAAAAUCUCAGAUUCCUUCAAAUGUCCAAACAUCAACAGUAAUAACCCCAAAUUCCUUUCAACAAUCAAAAACUCAAACUAAUCCACAACCUUUUGUUAAACAAUCGGCAGACUCCUUGUCAACAUCGACACCUGUUCAGUUUGUCGCAUUUAAUCCUACAACACAAUCUCAUCCAAGUACAUACACUUCUUCAACAAUUCUUGCAAAUAAUGUUAGACAGACAACUUCAUUGCAAAUUGAAUCAUUAAAAGAAGAAAAAAUCAUUUCUGUGUUAGUCCCUACAACUGAUUCGUCUUCUGACAAUAUGAUCUAUGCAAAACGAAAUAUGCGUGUAAUAGCCCAAGAAAAUGAAAAAUUAAUUGCGGAAAAAUUGGAAAAACAAAAAGAAAAGCGUCGGGAAAGGUUGACAGAACAUUUUGCCCAGAUGCAUGAAAAACUUCUUAAACCAGAUUUGAGCUCUUCCUUCAAAAGUAAAAAUGAUUCUAUUGAAAGGCUGCUUCCAUAUGGGCUUUUUUCGGAACCAGAAUUUAGUCAAGAAUUUAUUGAUGGAUAUGAUGCUGAAUUGCAACGACACAAAGAACUCAUGCAAAUACGACAACAUUCUAUUAAACAACGAAUGUGUUCUGCUUUAUUUAGAGAAGCAAUAGAUUCCACAAAAGAACAAUGCAGUUUGUUGCUUUAUUUGGAUGCUGAAUUUGAGCAUCGACAACUAAAGAAUGAAAUUUCUCAAUGGAAAAAUAUUUGCAAAAAUGAAGAAAAUGCUAGAAAGUCACCAAUAAAAUUAUCGUCAGUUAUGGAUUGGGAAUAUAAUGAAUGGGAUGAUGAACGUUAUCAACAUGUUUUGUCCCCAAAAAUUGAAGAAUUAAAGGAAGAAGAAACUGAAACAGAAGUUAAUAUUAGCAGCGAUUCGUCUAAAAGUAUUGCUGCAUGUUCUUCAUCUCUUGCAACACCAAGAUUUGCAUCAAUCACCAUUCAAUUAAAAACUUAUCCAUUGGUGGAACGCAAUGAAAAUGUGGCUACUUUCUGUCAAGUUAAAAAUACAGAGGAGGAAAAGCCGGCGUUAGCAAAAGUCAAUUUAAAGUUGGAACGUUUUUUGUUGAAUGAAGAAAUUGGAAAAACAACAACACCAAUUUUGUUAAAUGGUAAUAACGAAGAGAAACCAGCAGAAGUUACAUCGUUUCGAUCUGUUCGAACGAAUUCCAUGGAAGAAGAAAAAGAAGAAUCAUCUACUUGUUUAACAACAAUUAACGAGACAAUCAAGCCAGUAAAGUUAAAGAUCAAAUUGCCUCCAAAAAUUGAAAAUUUUGAAGCCGAUAAACAAAGAUCGGAUGAGAAAAAAUUACGUCGAGAACAAAAACGAUUAAGAAAAGCUGAGAGGAGGGCAGCCCGGCUAUCUGAUGAGAUUAAUAGGGAAAUGGUUGGAGGUGAACAAAUGGAUAUUGACAGAAAAAAUGAUGAUUCGAAAGAUACUCUACAAAGUACAUCUCGAGAAGAAUUGUUGAAAAUUCAAGAAAAGUCUCCUUUAAAAAUUUCUUUGAAAAGACCUAUCAUUCAAAAACAAAAUAAUAAUUGUUUAACAACAUCAUUGCAAAAAUCCUCUCUAAAUGAAGAAAUUAAUAUUCCAGUUAAUAAUGAUUGUAAUGGAAAUGUUGGUGGUGGUGGUUUAUUGAAAUUGAGAAUAUCUAAACAUAUUUUGGUAAAUACACCCGUUGUUUCAGAACAAAAUGACAUUGUAGAAGAAAAAGAAAGGGAGGAGAAGAAUAAUCAACAGGAAGAACAAAAAGAAAUAAAAAAGAAAAAACAUAAAAAAGAUAAAAGCAAAAAACGAAAAAGUGAAGAAAAUAAAGUGGUAGAUUAUAAAAUUGUUGAACAAACAGAAGAAGAAGAACAAUAUCCUGCCAAAAAAGUGCCAAAAAUUCGAAUAAAGUUUGGAGGAGAAAGAGAAGGUGGUGAGGUGACAAUGAAGACUAAGAUAAAUAAUAAUAAUGCAUUGUUGGAGAAAUUAAAUGAAGAAAAUAAAAAAAUUGAAGAAGAAUUUAAAGGACAACAAACUUCUGUCAAACAAGUUUUGGAAUUGCCACAACAAAAAAAUCUUUCACAAAACGAUAAUAAUAUUUGUGUUCCUGUUUCAUCAUUAAUAUUACCUCAAAAUCGUAAUCUCAUUUUCGCUAAUAAUAAUGAAGAAAAGACUAAAGUUGACAAUAAACAGAAGAUUGAAUUUUCUCCGUGUUGUUCUGAUGACGAAUCAGAUGAUGAACUACGUCAGCGAACCAAUCAAUUGCUCUCAAAAAUUGGAAGGCUUUAG